AUGCUCUCUUCACCUACUAGAAAGCGUAAUAAACAGACGUUGCAUCCAAAGGACAGACGUCAAAAUAAACGUCAAAAACCUAACAAACUUGAAACGAUUCGCAUUUCCGAUGAUGUUGAUUUUGAACGCGACGAUUAUGUUGGUCGAAUCAAAAGAUGCGAAGAACGGAUCAAGGCGGGAUACGCAAAGAAAACAUUCAAGACCAAGCUUGAGCAGUUGGAAAAGGCAAAGGGAUUACAGGUAGAGGCAAUGAAAGAACACCCUGGAAAGAGUUGGGGGGUGAUUCAACGUCUAGCGGAUCUUGAAGGAAUAACUACUUAUUUGGAGAGCAAAAAGGAUCCAAAUGGGGAGCUACCGAAUGUCAAGGCAAUUAUGGCAGCUUAUGAAAGCGGCGAACUUAAAUGGAAUGAUUAUGCUACCUACUGGUGUCAAGGCAAAAUGAUUUUUGGACCUUCGCCAUUCAAUUGGCAAGACUUUGGGGAAUUAAAUACGAAAGAAAACCGAGGAGAUGGCGGGGGUUGA